CUUAUAUUUCUCAAAUAGACGAUGCCAUGCCACUCAUAAGUUUAUUGGUGGUUUGGAUAAAAAUAGAUAUUCUUAUAUAUAUUUACCAAUAUUUUGCUAGCACACCACUUUCGAUACUAUGGUAGGACCAAUUCAUAAGACACUUUUCAUGGAUUACCACUCCAGCCGACUCUUGCGCAAAUCUCGAUCGUUUAUCCUCCUACCAAUCUCCUGAUAGUUGUUCCCACGGAUCACCCAACCAUCCAUGUCAUACACUUAUGUUGACAUAACCCUGACGUUCACCCCCUCACCACCCCAUACACCCUAAAGAAAUAUAUACCCGCUAUAUAUAUAUAUUUCACCCCCGACCGCGAAUGAUAGAUCCAUCCAUCGCAAAGAAAGGCUCUUUAUACCACACCAUACGACGCUCCGAGCCGAACCAGAAACAAAGCAGACCAGGAUGUCCAACCGCGCCGGACGAGCCGCUGAAGACGAGUACGAGGCCGAUAACGACGACUACAUCCCCAUUGAAGAGGACGAGGAGAUCGCACCUACCAGCUACGUCUACGAGCCCGGUGAUUGGGGAUUCACAAUGGGAGUGCCCACCCAGCGAGACGAAGCGCGAUAUGCCGAUCCGAUGCAGCCUCCGUUUUCGAAUACCGAUGCGCAGCUAGCCCGUGACGAGAGGGAAGCUGCUGAUCGGUCUAAUAUAAUGGGCGGCAAAGGAAGACAGCCUCGUCAUGCGAAGCCGCAGGCCGAGUCUUAA